CUUCUCGGUAGUAAGCCGAGAUAGAAAAUGUAGACUCUUAGUUAUGCUCUGAUGUGUAGAUGCAGACAGCUGUGCCAUCUCUGGUGUUUUGCAAAAGUUGACGGGAGAACCAAAUGUCAAAGUAGACAGUUGGAUUCAAAGCAAUUCUGGAAUAAACAAAGUUCUUCUUUCCGAAAUGGAUGAAAGAUUACAGCAAAUUUUCCACUUGCGUCCAUUACAGGAAGAAACUAUUGCUUAUCGCAACAAUGUGAAACUUUACCGCACACUUAUGAAGCAGACAUGCAAAGCGGAACUUCAAAAUCUUGUAAAUGUGGAUAUGAAUAUUGUGGAAACUGAAUUAAAAAUACCCGAUCCUAAACUAAUACCACCAGUUAUUGUAAAUAACAAUGAUUUAACACCCAAAAUAGAUUCGCUAAUAGAAGAAGUAAAGAUGACAUCUAUUGGAAUGAAACUACUUUAGUUAUAAAACUAUAUUUAUGACAAUCGGCCAGUUUUUCGCAGAAUUUUAUUAAGAUACUUGUAAGUCAUUUGCAAGCACUCGAACGAUGGAUGUAAUUUCUGAAAUGAGAUAUAAAUAAUUCACAUAUAUUCAUAUAUAGUAAAAA